ACGCCCAGGGAGGUCAACGUCACUGCUCUGCGCCGGAAGACCCGAUUUUCUCGUUCUCGUACCUCAUUCAUACCCCUUCCUCGGUGCCUAAAAUCCUGGGAUAUGAGCCGGAAGAGACAUCGCCUGGUACCUGAGACCUUCGGAUUGAAGAGACAGCGGAAGCAAGGGCCUGUAGAAUCGGAUCCUCUGGGGAGCGAGCCAGGGUCAGCGCGCGCGGCAGUCUCGGAGCUAGUGCAGCUGUUCCCCCGAGGCCUGUUCGAGGAUGCACUGCCGCCCAUCGUGCUGAAGAGCCAGGUGUACAGCCUCGUACCUGACCGGACGGUGGCCGACCGGCAGCUGAAGGAUCUUCAAGAGCAGGGGGAGAUCAGAAUCAUCCAGCUGGGCUUUGACUUGGAUGCCCAUGGAAUUAUCUUCACCGAGGACUACAGGACCAGAGUCCUCAAAGCCUGUGAUGGCCGGCCAUAUGCUGGGGCCGUGCAGAAGCUUCUGGCUUCAGUGCUUCCAGCCUGUGGGGACCUUAGUUUCCAGCAGGACCAAAUGACACAGACCUUUGGCUUCAGGGACCCAGAGAUCACGCAUCUGGUGAACGCUGGAGUCUUCACUGUCCGAGAUGCUGGGAGCUGGUGGCUAGCUGUGCCCGGAGUUGGGAGAUUCAUCAAGUACUUUGUUAAAGGGCGCCAGGCUGUUCUUGGCAUGCUCCGGAAGGCCAAGUACCGGGAGCUACUCCUGUCAGAGCUCCUCGGCCGGCGGGCACCUGCUGCAGUGCGGCUUGGCCUUGCCUACCAUGUGCAUGACCUCAUUGGGGCCCAGCUGGUGGACUGCAUCUCCACUACUUCUGGAACCCUCCUUCGCCUGCCAGAGACUUGAGGAUUCUGCUCGUUGUUGCACAGCUCCCCAGAGUGGGUCAAGAGUGGCCUGGGAGUGCUGCCUGACAGUGGCUGAGACAGGGUCACCUUGGGAAGGUUUGGGAGCCAGGAUGAGUGCUGGGCUCUCAUCUGUGCGGAGGGUCAGAUGUGGCUGCUGCUGUUUGCUUGGGCUCUGGCCCAGUGAUGGGGUUUGGGCAAUACUUCUCUGCCCUUCCAUGAAAGUGGAACCUGAGACUGUGCCAUGGUUGUUACUGUUCCCUUUCAUGUAAAAAGGUGCUAUUUUUACUCUCUCUUGAGAUAGGAAGGUGGGAUUUCUGGGGAGGCUAGUGAAGGAGGGCAGUGUUCUCUUCCCUACAUGUCGUGUUGAAAUUGCCAAAUAAAGUACAUCUGCUUAUGAUA